AUGUCUGCUGCCAGCCAUAUACCCCUGCUAAACCCCAAUGCUACUCCCUUCCAGCCUCGAAGGUCCCGGGGCUCCCAAAGAACAACCAACUGCAACAACCUCAAACUGUUCGUCACGAGCCUCAACAUCGGGUUUUUGAAUAUCUGCAGCCUGCGCUACAAGCUGCAUGCACUGGACAGCCUUGCCCACCAGCACAACUGGGACGUCGUUGGCGUUGCCGAGACCUGGCUGGAUAGUACAAUCUCGGAUGGCGAAAUUUGUAUUCCCGGCUACAGUGUUGUUCGCUGUGACCGGCCCGAUCGCCAGAGUGGGGGCACAUGCCUCUAUUACAAGACAUCACUCCCAGUUACCUAUCGUUCUGAUCUGCACAAUAGCCACCUGGAGGCUACCUGGAUAGCUAUUGGCGGAGGGCAACACCAGCACCUCGUUGGCUGCCUCUAUCGCCCACCAAAUGCAACUGCUGAUUUCUGGGGCCACCUGGACACAGUCCUCCACAAUGCUGCCACGAUCACGCCAUCAAUGACACUGGUGGGUGACUUUAAUAUCAAUCUGGCUCAAUGCAUGACCAGUCGUCCUCACCAGCGCUUCUGGGACCUUAUCGGAUCGUAUGGGCUCCGCAACUAUGUUCAGUCUGCCACACGAGUCACACCCCGAUGUCCCGAUGGAACGCUGCUUGAUCUAGUGCUCUCCACCGUGGGUACUAUAAGUCAUUGUGAAGUUGUACCCUGCACGAUCAGCGAUCACUUCCUUGUGCAUGCAAGUCUGUCUCUACCCUCCUCGCAACACCCACUGCAGCGGAAAUCAGUGCGCCUCACCCGCAAGAUCCGUGCCAUUAACCUUGCAACAUUUCGUGAAGAUAUUGCCUCGUGCAGCCUCCACUCCUUUCCCCCUGCUGCAACUGUAGACGAGAUGUGGAAUGGCUGGCAUGCCAAGUUUAUGUCGGUUCUCGAAAGUCACGCUCCCCUGCGUGAAGUCAGAAUCUCCACCAGGAGGACUCCCCCGCCAUGGUCCGACCGUGAUCUAUUCCAACUGAACAUGCGCAAGAAUAGACUUCACCGAAAGUGGCUACGAGAUAAGACUAACGUGCAUCUACAUGAGGAGUACAAGCGAGCCCGUGCAGAAGCCUCAAAUGCUUACCGGCGAAAACGCAAUCAGCAUUUCCAACAGCAGUGUCGUGAUCACUCCUCCAACCUGCGGAAGAUGUGGUCCGUGAUCAACUCUGUCACUAGCCGUUCUCGUCAACAUCAUCAGCCAACGUGCGACAUCACAGAAGUCUCGGAUGCCUUCCACAGCAUUGUACAUGAUCCGUCCCGUCCGGCGCAGCUCCAGAUUCCCAUUGGUCCACAGCCGCAAGGCUCAAUGCUGACCUUCCAGUCAACUACCCCAGAUGAGGUCAAGCACCUCCUGGAACGGAUACAUCCCUGCAAAGCCACAGGCAGUGAUGGGAUUCCUGGGUGUCUGCUACGUGCUUGCGCUGACCUGUUGGCUCCAUCGCUUUCAGUGCUCUUCAGCUCAUCGCUGAGGCAUGGUGAAGUCCCUCUGGCUUUCAAACAUGCUGUAAUAAGCCCUCUCUUCAAAGCUGGCGAUCCAUCGGUAGCUGCAAAUUAUCGUCCUGUGUCGCUCCUGCCGAUCGUAUCCAAACUACUCGAAAAGAUAGUCCAGAAGCAACUUGUUGCACAUCUGGAGCGAUCAUGUGCCAUACCACCGACUCAGUUUGCCUUCCGCCGUGAGCACUCCACAGAGGACGCCCUAGUUGUAGCAACAGAUGCCAUCUUAAAGGCCCGGGACGACAAGUUGACCACAGGCGUCUGCCUAAUCGACAUGUCAAAAGCCUUUGACAAGGUCAAUCACAGCCAACUGGUCCGGGACCUAUUCAAUCUUGGCCUGGACAAUGCCUCCCUUCGCCGGUUCUGCAGCUACUUAAGCGAUCGAACCCAGCAAGUGCGCAUUGGCCCCACCUACAGUGUUGCUGCUAAGUGCUCAUCUGGUGGUGCGCUGCGUGAUGUUCGGCCUCUUCUUCUACCACGUCCCCUUGCCGAUAUCUCCCUGGGGUUACCAACUGAAACUGCCUACGCCGACGAUGUGGAUUUCGUGACUACUGAUGGUGAGAGGCUGAGGACCCUCCUUCCAACCAUAUCCAAGCUCCUCGAAUGGGAUUUGAAAGUGAAUGAGACCAAAACAGAGCACACGCACAUCGAACGGCACACUGAUCGCAUCGAGGAGGAGUGGCGAACCACCAAGAAACUCGGGUCCCUAUUAGGUGAUGCCGAGGAUAUGCUACGGCGACAGCAACUGGCAACUGUUGCCUUUGGUAAACUCUGGACGCUGUGGAUCCGAACGAGAGGCUCUAUGAGCGUACCGGCGCGGUUCCUCUCAGCAUUAUCAUCUUGA